GUUUAUUAAAGGUGUAUUUUUUUUCUCAAAAUCAAACGCAAAUACGCGCUUGCUUACGUGUCGCCUCUAAAGCGGGCUAGGAACAACUGUCUAAUGCUACUCUGAAUAAUGACGAUGCAGUUCAUGCUUCUGUUCAGUCGACAAGGCAAGCUCCGGCUUCAGAAAUGGUACGUGCCUCUGUCUGAUAAGGAGAAAAAGAAGAUCACCAGAGAGUUAGUGCAGACCGUCCUCGCUCGAAAGCCAAAAAUGUGCAGCUUUCUUGAGUGGCGGGACCUCAAGAUUGUGUACAAGAGAUAUGCCAGCUUGUACUUCUGUUGUGCCAUAGAGGACCAGGACAAUGAGCUCAUCACGCUGGAGAUCAUCCACAGAUACGUGGAGCUGCUGGACAAAUACUUUGGCAGUGUUUGUGAGCUGGACAUCAUUUUCAACUUUGAGAAGGCCUACUUCAUUCUGGAUGAGUUCCUGUUGGGUGGUGAGGCUCAGGAGACAUCCAAAAAGAAUGUGUUAAAGGCCAUUGAGCAGGCUGACCUUCUACAGGAGAGCCAGAGUGAAGACUGGGGGAGUUUGCCAAAUGAGGAGCUCUUGUAAUGUGCCUAGAGUCCAUCCAUGCCUCCACCCAGGCAACUGGUGUGAUGGUCCCAAAUAUGGCCUCUGAGUCCUCUGGUCUUUUCCAGAAUUAGGCUUGCAGAGGUGAAUAUUGAAUGUCUGUGGUCGUGUGUACCGCUAGAGCCCAGUAGUCAGACCUAGUCCCAGUCUGUAUGUAGCUCACUUUGUGCUGGUAAGAUGAUGCUAUUACAGCUGACAAUACAUGUUUGUAAUGAGAACAAAACCUGUCUGUGUGUUUGUCUUUGUUUGUCAUUACUGUACGUGUAACAAGCUCAUGGUUAAUGUUUACUAAAUGUUUUGCAUCAUUAAAUUAAACAGUGUUCUAAGAUGUUUAUCAUUCUAAAUAGCAUUUAUGUUCAGCUUAGGCCAUUAUUUAGGAUCACACAGAUUUGCUUAUGCCUUAGCUUAGUUAACCCAACUAAGGUCUAGAUGAGACACUGAGACUUGAACUGUAAAGCAGAAUUCCAAAAGUUAUUCUGUAAGAGUAGUUUUGUUGUGCUGUGUUCUUUUUGAUUAAUAUCAGUUUCAGCUGAGCAAAAAGAGGAUUAGUUGGACCUAGCGUAUAGACUAAAUGUAAAAAUUAUGACUUCCUUACAGACUGUGAUUUUCUACACAUUUGUUGUUUACAUCAAGUCAACACCCUACAGCGUAUUAACUACUGUGACUGCUCCUUUACGUUACACAGGGUUGACCGCGCUGCAUGUAGUUUGUCUGUAGGUGGUGCUUCCUGCCUGCUGCUCUGUCUCCUGCAUGUCCUGCGUGUAAGGUGUUACUUAGGACUCGGUGUUGUUGUGUUUUCUAAGCUGUGUGCAUUUCUCUCCUCCAGCCCCGUCAUGAGUAUUUUAAUGUGCCUGUGUACUGAUUGGCUGCCAUCGCCGCUGCUGCUGCCGCUGCUGCUGCCGCUGCUGCCGCCGCUGCUGCUGCUGCUGUUAUCCACCCUGCAUGCUGAGCUCCUCAGUGCCUGGCACCCUUGUCUGCCCUCUGAGCACCUGUCAUUGUCAUGUGUUGCCGUGUCACAUUAUUCUCAGUUUCUUCAAUUGGGACAGUCGUGAUACAAUAUUACCAUGGCCAAGAAAACUGACAAUGCCAGUCAAUUAGUAGGUAACACUGAUAUUAUUCACCUUUACAUUUGUAGCCAAUACGUUUAUUAAGAGUGAGCCUUUAUUAAGUUUCAUGCCUGUCUUACAUCAGUUGAACACCUCUCUUUACUGUUGUAACUUUACUGAUGUAACAUCACAAACCCAAAUGCUGUGUUUGAAAUGAAAUUCUUUAGCCACAAGCUUUGGCCUAAACACAGCAAACAAAUCUAGUAAGAGAAAUGUAUAGAAUGUUAAAAUGAUAAAGGGCAACUACACAGGUUUUCAGUUAGCCUCCACUGAUUCUAGUUGGUUAGGGGAUUAAAUGUAUAAUAUUAAAGCUCCCUUUACCCUCCUACGUUACAGUUUUUCAGUUCAUCUAGGGAGAAUGUCAAUGACAGGUCAUAGGUUGAGCAACCACAUAUGAAAAUAGGAUUUGCAAAAGUCUUCCAGAUGAUGCCAGUAGACAUUCAUGUGUUUUUUCAGCUACAGUAGUCAUGUAAGGCAGAGACAUAAAUGUUAAAUGAUGCCCAUAUACAUUUUUCCCAUUAGAACUGUAAGCCAUGAAUUAAAAAUUGAUGAGGUUGUCCUUUAAGAUGUUUCUAAGGUCAAGAACUUCAAAUAUCAUAGUAAUUUACUGCACUUGUUAAAAAGCACAGCACUACUUAAAAGCAGUGUGUUAAGAUAAAAGUCUUCCCCUUUCAUUCAUGCUGUUGCUGCUUAAAGUAUGUGGUGGAUGACUGCCCUCUGUUGCACAGGCUGUAGAGCAGAGCAGUUACACAUACUGUAAGAAACGGUAGAGAAAGAAGAUGAUUUGGACACUAAUGUGACAUGAACACAUUAAGGGCUCAUCACAUUCCCACUGUAUUAAGUUAUAAUUAGUUUCCUUUAUGUGUCACAUCCUAAUUGUUUUGCUCAUUGGUGUUUUUGUUAAUUAGUUCACAUUAUGUCUGCCGUGGGUGGGAAGUAAACAGGUCUCACAUGAUGCAUGUUCCUUUAUCACAUCCUUUUGAAAUGUAUCUGUUUUAUUUUUGCUGUCCCCUUUCACGUAUAACAUAUGGUUUCUUAUGAUUUGCAGUAUUUGUUGUUGUGAUAAGUAUAAGACAGACCACGGCGCAAUCUACCAAACCUAUGCUUCAAAAUGUAUGUCCAAUCAUCAGCCGAGUUACAUAUUAGACAAUUAUUUAUUGUGAUUUAAAUUAAUAUCAAAGAUAAAUAUAUUUAGUAUUGGGAGUAAUACUAAAUAUUUUGCACUGGACAAUUAAGGACUCUUGGCUUUCUUAAUUCUUAUCAAUAUGUUUACCUUCAUUUGGCUUCACAUUUAAUUUGUCCCUACUGAAGUAGCACUUUAAAUGUUUUAUAUGAUCUGACAUUGUUCAUUUGUGUCCUAUUAAUAAAGAUGGAUCGCAUUAUUAGACAAUAGUGACAGUGGCUAUAAUAGAUAAUAAAUUGUUUAUAAUUCUGAGUUAAGCACAAGGCGUCUUUCUUUGUUAUAAGGAGUUAUAAAGUUUAGGAAGACAUUUAAUUCAGUUCUUACUGCAAACAAACUCUCCAACUUACGGGAUCUGUUAAGUUUGCACGUGAAAAUGUUUAUCCUGCAUAAUAUGUGACGGGGGAAAGUGAAAAGUCUAUUAGUGGUAAAUAAUGCAUAGUUUGCGGUUUAAGUUCUGGGUGGAAUGUUUUGUGCUAGAAACGGAGUGGAACUUCAGAAACCACUUUGUUAAAGUGGUUGAUUUCGCUCCUCUCACCGUAAAACAAGGUUUCUGUCUCACUGUCCUGAUGCAGCUCCUCUCUUUACUUUGUGCUGAACCUUGUUUUAGGACGCCAAAGAAGCAGAGACCCCGCGCAGCGUGCUGGAGGAAAUUGGACUGACAUAAACACGGUCCUCAGCAUCUCUCGCCCCACACUCCAUCAGCCAGCCACUCUGCUGUAUAUAGCCCAUAACAACCCCUGUUCACCACUGAGCACACACUCACGCAGACAGGACACAUACACACACGUGGUGGGCAUCACUUUCCUCUGCAUCGGCGCUCCACAACCCUGCCGUGGUCUUCAAACCUUUUGUCUUGGGCACACACUGUAGCACUGUUUGUUUGUUUCCUGCUGAGUAUUCUGACCUGUACAAUAUGCUUUAUUGUAAACAAAAGUCUUAAGUAUUACAGUGACUGAACCAAAGAGUUAUAUUUCAUCUCACUUAAAAUCCUGAUUAUCAUGAAUUUAGAUUAAGCCUACUUGAAAUGUUUGGAAUUUGAAAUGCACUGUCAGCACCCUGUGAUGGAGUCCUGCUGUCUGAAAUGAAAUGACGUGUCAAAAUGUUUCGUAUCUCAGUUUACAGGCCAUUAUCAUAUUUAUGAGUAAUAAAUGGUGCCACUUGUGUUAAAUGCCUUAAUCUCUAACUGUUCUUGUUUCAUGAUAAAGUAACAUUUGCAUGGCACUCUCUAAUGUAGCAGGUAAAGUCUGACGGUUAAUGUGCAAGAACUUGACUGACUGUUCCUUUUGUUCAUGUUUACUACUGUGCUUCUGUCUCUGCUGUGAUACUGUGAAUUUAAAGAUCAGUAUUGUGGUGGUUCAGUUUAAGAGGCAAUGUGAUGAUCAUGAUGAUGGUGAUGAUAAAAAAUUGUUCACAGAAAAUGACAAGCUUUAUUUUUAACAUAUUUUUAACAUAUUUUGAAUUGAAAGAAAAGAUAAAAGCUGAUGUCAUUAAAUCCAUGUUAGUAGGUUGUAUAAUUCAAAAUCAAUAAUUUGUCUUUUCUUAGGACCACUCUGCUGUAGCGCUGAUAACUGCCACAGUACUAAUAUAAGAAGUGUUACUUGAUGUGUUCUGAGAUCCAAGACCGAUUGGCUGCUGAAUAUAAUAACCAAACAAUUAAUUAUCGGUACAUAAAUCUUCUUACCAAGGCAGUCUGACAAAUUUUUAACACUGAUAUUUAUUCAAUUUCACAGUUGUGAAAAGGAAUUCUGGGUAUUUUUGUAUGUGUCAGUAUACAGUAUAGUCUAUGUGGAUAAGGGUUUUCUUCUCUAUAUAUACUGUAUAUACACUUAUUUCUUGUUUCAAAGCAGUGUAUCAAUUAAAUCGUUGAAAAAGUUUUUUUCAUAGAAAUGAUGCAGUGGGUGUCUGCUGCUGGACAUGAGGUUGAUGAGCGCAGUGACACUUACUGUAACCAAAUAUUGCUGUGUGUGGUUGAUGUAAAAAGAAGCAGCUGCUUUUUACCAUCCACAGAUUUCCACAUAUCACAUAAAAUGUUGUGAAUGUACACUCUUAAUAUAAAGUGUUUUUCUUUAUACUGUAUCUGAGCCUUUACAGCAACUCACUGGGAUCACACAGAGGUUGGAAUUUACUGAAAGACCCCUGACUAGUGUUUACACAUUAAAACUCUGAUACAUACAGUAACUAAUGUCCACCGUCACAGACACAACCUGCGCUAUAAUCAAGAAGAUGUCUGAAAAACUGUGAGUUCGUACAAGGCCUUUAGGAAACACUUUGACUCUCUGCUCAAAAAAAAUUGAACAAAACAAACUGUGGCCGGUUUUGGCAACGUGACGUACUUCACAGCAUGGAAACUAUUUAUUUACCAGGAACAAGAGUGUCUCAGCCACUGUGUCUAUGUCUAACAGCAAUAGCGUCAGAUUCCAUAGCAGAACAACAACUGUCAAUGCACUAAAACAGUAGUAUCAGCCACAGCCUCACCUUUAAUGCCUUGUACACGGGACAUCACAAACAUUCUGACAUUAGACCUUUUUAAAAUCUGGUAUUUUUUCCUGAACUAUUCACAUUAUCAUUUUGCAUUUUCUGUAUAUUACCUGUCGUUUCAUGAGCCGAAGAAUUGGUCAAGCUUCCUGAUCACUUUUGUAGAACUCCAAACUCCUUUUUCAUUUUGAUAAUGUGAAAAACUGUAACUCAAAUGUAACUGAGGAGAGACAGUAUUUACCACAUGGGUGCAGGGCAACCCGUGUAUUACAUUGAUGGAGUGUGUUUACUUAUAGAUCACAUAUCGUGUAGUUUGCGUCCGAAACGUGUCAAGAAUAAAAGUGAAGGGUUGUGACUUCUUGUCAAGAUCAGCAAUAAAGAGUAGUCCAUACUGCCA